AUGAAAGUAAGACCCUUGGUUGCAAAACAUCUACAUGGCAUAACUGAAAAGAUCUGGUCCGAUGAGACCAUUCCUGCUGAACUCCGUGAUGCAAACAUUAUCAACAUCUUCAAGAAGAAUGACCGCCAUAACCCCAACAAUUAUAGAGGCAUCAGUCUGUUGGCUGUAGCCAGGAAAAUAAUCACUCUAAUGAUUGACGAAGCAGUACUGCCAGAAACCAAGUGUGGAUUCCGCCGAAAUCGUGGAACGAGUGAUAUGAUAUUCGCCCUUCGACAGCUCAUCGAGAAAUCGAGAGAACAGAACCAAAAGCUGUACAUGACUUUUGUUGACUUUACCAAAGCGUUUGAUCUUGUGAACCAUGAUUGCGCUUUUGUUGCCAACUCGGAGGAAUGCUUUCAGCGGAUGAUGGAUAACUUCGAGGCUGCUACCAAAUCAUUCGGCGUUAUCAUCAACACGAAGAAAACAGAAGUCAUGUCUCUCUCGUACUCACCGAUCACGUCCCCGAUCACUGUCAAUGACACUUCGCUAUCAAACGUUCAAUCAUUCAAGUAUCUUGGCAGUACUGUCACCAGCGACUGCUCCAUUGACAAAGAACUUGACAACCGCAUACAGUGUGCCAACACGUCGCACGUCUCCAUCGGCUACACCAACGUCACCAACGCGCAAUCCUCCGCAUUUCCUAUCGAUAAAGAGUAA